GCUGGUGAGCUGUGGACCAUUGUUGCAUUUCUGCAAAGUACAGGGAAUAUCUGUCAUCUGUGAUGCCUUGAUAGAUCAUAUGCUGGUGGUCUGUCCAUUGUAUGAGAUGUCCCCAUUAGCUGUGCCUUGGAAGUUUCCACCAUCAGGAACCACAGAGAGACAGGCUCCAGGGAUCCUGUGCUAUUUGAGACCCACAAGAAAAGGAAGACACCGACAGGUGUUUCCUUCUGUGGACAAGCCUGGGCCCCAAGCCUGAAGCCCACCUCAAGCCUGGGAGGUGACCUGCAUAGCUCCCCACCUGCCUGACCCACCCACUCCACCUCCUCCACCUGAGAGAAGGAGAGGAUCCCAGACUCAAAUGGAGGGCAUCAUGGCAUAGACCGGCUGCUCUGCUGGGAUCACCCAUGAGCUCCCUGCCUUAUCCCCAGCCUGCACAGUAGCCUCCACUGGUUCUUUCUAAGCCAGCAUCACCCCCACCAAAAUUUGUACUGGGAAGAAAGUUAAGCUCAACAGCCUCCACUUUCAGUACUUUGGUGCCUGAUAAAGCUGAGCCGGGCCCUGGGACUGCAAGAACCCAACUUUCUCCUAGUGCUCAUGCCCCCACAAUGUGCCAAGCGGCUUCCUCAGCAGCAGGGUCCAUCUAGCUUGUCCUGGGAGACCUGGAGGCCACCAAAGACCAGGCACCAAGACUCGCAGACCCUGUCCUGGAGCAGCCUAGGGGAGGCUGAGCAUCAAGAGAUGAGCUUCCUAGAGCAAGGAGACAGUUCCUCAUGGCCUUCACCAGCCAUGACCACCAGUUCAGAAAUAAUCCAUGGGAAACGGGGGGGCAAGGCAUCAAGAUGGACGAGGCAGGAGGCUGUGGAGGAAGGAGAACCACCGGAUCUGGAAGAAGGUCCCCCUUCCAGGCCAGCUGCUGAGUCCACCGGGCUGGAGGCCACAUUCCCAGAAGCCACACCCUUGGCCAAAGCUGCUCCCUUGGCCCGGGUGGGCACCCCGCCCAGAGGRUGGGAACUCUUCCCCCAGCACUCUGCAGCCUCAGCCGCCAGCUCCAGCACAGAUGAUCUGGAGGUGGCCAUCGAGUUCCCAGCCCCAGAAGCCUGGGGCUUUGAACUUGAAGGCCCUGGGGAAGAGAGGCCUGCCCCAUGCCCAUCGCCACAGGCUCCAUUACUCAGCCUGGGCUGGGAGGACGAGCUGCAGAAGCCUGGGGCCCAGGUCUACAUGCACUUCAUGCAGGAGCACACCUGCUAUGAUGCCAUGGCAACCAGCUCCAAGCUGGUCAUCUUUGACACCACGCUGGAGAUCAAGAAGGCCUUCUUUGCCCUGGUGGCCAAUGGUGUGCGGGCAGCCCCUCUGUGGGACAGCAAGAAGCAAAGUUUUGUGGGGAUGCUCACCAUCACAGACUUCAUCCUGGUGCUUCACAGAUACUACAGGUCCCCCCUGGUCCAGAUCUAUGAGAUUGAAGAACAUAAAAUCGAGACCUGGAGGGAGAUCUACCUCCAAGGCUGCUUCAAGCCUCUGGUCUCCAUCUCUCCCAAUGACAGCCUGUUCGAAGCCGUCUAUGUCCUCAUUAAGAACCGGAUCCAUCGCCUUCCAGUCCUGGACCCUGUCUCUGGCGCGGUGCUCUACAUCCUCACACACAAGCGGCUGCUCAAGUUCCUGCACAUUUUUGGUGCCCUGCUGCCCCGGCCCUCCUUCCUCUACCGCACUAUCCAAGAUUUGGGCAUCGGCACAUUCCGAGAUUUGGCUGUGGUACUGGAAACAGCGCCCGUCCUUACGGCACUGGAYAUCUUCGUGGACCGGCGUGUGUCUGCCCUGCCUGUGAUCAAUGAAUCUGGUCAGGUUGUGGGCCUCUACUCCCGCUUUGAUGUGAUUCAUUUGGCUGCCCAGAAAACCUACAACCACCUAGACAUGAGUGUGGGAGAAGCCCUGCGACAGAGGACACUGUGUCUGGAGGGGGUCCUUUCCUGCCAGCCCCACGAGAGCCUGGGAGAAGUCAUUGACAGGAUUGCUCGAGAACAGGUACACCGGCUGGUGCUAGUAGAUGAGACCCAGCAUCUCCUGGGCGUGGUUUCCCUCUCCGACAUCCUUCAGGCGCUGGUGCUGAGCCCUGCUGGCAUUGAUGCCCUCGGUGCCUGAGAAGACGAGUCCUCACUCCUAUUCCCCUCACCUUCCAUACCCUGAAGACAAAGAAAGGAGCAGGGGACCCAGAUUUCAUCUUUCCCCAUCUGUUUGCCAAGUCAGCUCUGUUCCAGGCUUCUCCAGCCACCCUGAUUGUCCUUGCCCUGUCUAUACUCCCAAAAGUUCUUGGGCAUGCCCAGUGCACUGUGGGAUGAUGAAAUUAAGAACAACUGAGUCAAGGCUGGAGGUCCCUGAAGCACAGGCACUGGGACUACCCCAGGGCCAUCUGUGCCCCAUAUGCACUCAUAUCCCUUUCCCCUACCUGGAUUGGGGCUGGUUGGGAUGCGGUAGUGAGCCGGUAGCCUGCAGGUUUAUUCAAGGGCUCUGGAUUCCUGGGCUUCUGGACUGUGUUUGGCUCGCUCCUGGGAGACCCAACUAUUCUUUCCCCAUGGGGACCACUUUAGUGGUUCCCUAUAACUUUGCCGCUGCCCUUCUACCCUCUUGGCAUGGUCAUUUCAGGGCUGCUAGGCUCACAAUGGAACAGCAGUUACUUGUCUGAUGGUGUGGGGUCUUCUCUCCAUGGUAGUCCAGAAAAUGCCUUAUCUCUCACCAGUGACAGAUGGCCUUGUAUUUGGAUCCCUGAAAAUGAGCAAUCAAAAACACAAAUGCAAAAAGAACAAGCCAUGAACUUGGAUUUUUAUAAAUUCCACUCAAAAUGCUAGUUGUUUAACCGAACUUUCUGAAGAUCCUUCUGCUUUCUGAAUGUAAGACUUGGAGGAAAAGUCUACGAUUGACAAAAGCAGCAAGUGGCGUUUCUUUUGUGCAUAGAAUGUUAUUCCACUGACUUUUAAAAAAAUCUUUUCUUUAUAACAAAAAACAUAAAAUAUUUAUUAAUUUAUUACAUGGUAGGUAAAACCCAGUCUAUAAAACUCGAGCUUGUAAGAAAUAGCUAUUUUUCUAACACUGAAUGCAAUUUCUAUUAUGAACCCCAUGCCAGGUGGUGGAAAUUGAUCUAGUCCAUUUGGAGUCUCUUCCCAUCUUUUCCUGGGACUAAGUUUGGAAAACUUUAAGUAGCAUAAGCCUUUGUUCCCCAGUGCAGCAUCCACCAUGCCAGUACCUGCUGAAACAUCCCUGUUGGCAGUUGGUCGAUCAUUGGUGUGCACAGUCACAGACAUUGCCAUGUGCUCCCUUACUCCCAAAGCCUGUUGGGGCCUGACUGUGCUUGGGGCAAGCAAGACAUUUUAGCUCCAGUCCCUCCAUCCCUCUGGGCUUUGGAAGCUCUAUGAGGCUGUUCCAGGCCCAUGUGCUGAGCUGUACAGCUAGUAUCCUGUUCUACCCUACAUCUUACCAUUUUUUCCAGACUCUACUGGGAACACGGGGCACCAGGCUCUUCUACCCUUAGACUCUCCUCACCUGUAUGAGGUAUUUAUCAUACAUACCCCUUCCCCUUCAGACUUUUCCCCUUUUCUUAGGGACCCCAUAAAUGUCCACUGUCUUCUCCAGCCCAUCCCAGCCAAUGGAACCUUUACCAAUGGGCAGAGAGGAGGCCUUGGUUCUCUAAUCCAUCAUAUUUAUAUUCGGCCAAAUCCACAGUCUGUGUCCUGAGUUCUUGCUACCCACUGUGAGGAUCAGCCUUUUGAAACUCCAAGCCAAGACUAGGCUUCUCCUCUGUCACCCUCCCCUGUGGCAAUGGGCACCGAAGCUCCAGUUGUCUCAUGCAGGAAGCGUAGGUUAAUAUUUCUGAAAUAUGAUCUUGCCCCCAUUACCUCCCAGAGCUGCAGAGUGGAGACAUUUGUGCUUGAUCUGUCAGGCAGGAAAUGAAGGUAUUUUCUCACUAGCCAUUUUGCCAGAUCCCAGAGUCACUGCUGGCUCUGCUCUGUCCCUUAGGAAGGUGUGAGGUAUUGGCUCAAGUGGGAGGAUGAGAAGGGGGCGACAGUUGAGUCUGGGCCAAAGGAAGAUCUCUCAAGUGACAACGUCCUUGGGGAGUUCCGGGUGGGCUGCCCCCAGCAAGCGCUGGCUCUGGAGAAUGUAAAUAACAACCUUGAUGGUGUGACUCUGAGUUGCUGUGCCUGAGUCAGGCCUUCAGGGGUGAUAGCAAGGCUGAGGAAGUCAUCAGGUCCCCUUGGGCUCCCCUCACACUUUCCUGAGAAUAUGUACCUCUCUACCUGUGUGGGGUCACCAUUCUGAGGACACAGCAGACCCCAUCCUUGGGCGCUUUGUGGGGGACCAUCCCACCUCCCUGUCUCUUUUGAUCAAGCUCCACCCUCAGCUUCUGGCUCACCCUUGCAGCCAUCAUGGCUACCAGAAAAAGAGAUGUAGAAUUUCCAUGGAGGCUGCAAGCACUUCCACCCUAGCUCAGAAUAACCCUUCCCUAAAGUGCAGUCCUCCCUGCUGUCCCCUCGUGCCUAGGUGGGGGUCAAGCAUUGUUGUCCCAGCUCCUCUUCAGUCCCCCAAGGCUUCUCUGCGUUUCUGUGCCCUCAGGGCUGGACUCUCAGGCCUCCUUUGCUUUCCCCAUCUCUUCUCUCAACCCUCUCAAUGGUUCUCAGCCCUGGGUGUGCUUCAGGAUCACCAAGGAAGCUUUGUAAAAUCCAGAGCCCAGGGACUCAUUCGUAGAUAUACCCAUUUCCUGAUUUUGGAGUGUAGCCUGGGCAUCUCUGUUUAUUUUCUAUAAAAACAAGAAACUUACAAUUACUAACACAUGAUGAGCAUGAGAG